CCCCUUCUUCUCAUUAAGCCAUGGAGUCCCAUUCCCACUCUUCUUCCCACAUACCCUAAAAAUGGGUGACCGUGACCGAGACCGUGACCGUGACCGUGACCGAACCCGUGACAAAGACCGCGACCGUGACCGUGACCGUGACCGAGAACGGGAACGGCGGCGAGAUAGGGAUGACCGUGAACGCGAUCGGGACCGAGUUGGCCGCAGCAAAAGGUCUCGUACACCCGAGCGUAGCAGAUCCCGCCACGCACGCUCUCCCGAUCGUUCUCGCUCACGUUCCCCGGUCGACGACCGCUCCCACCGUCGUCGCCACCGUCACCACAACCGGACACCGUCUCCUGAUUCCAGAAAGCGACAUCGUCGUGAAUCGACUGCUGAGGAAGAGAAAGAGAGGGAUAGGCAGAAGGCGGCUGUGUCUGAAUUUGUUGAGGGGAUAGUGAAGGAACAGUUAAAGCAGAGUGCUGUCAAUGGCGGCGGAGGUGGUGGAGGAGAGGUUGAGGAGGAUGAAGGUCCUAAUGAGGAUGAGAUUGAGAUGAUGAAGAAGCUUGGGAUUCCUGUAGGGUUUGAUUCCACCAAAGGGAAGCAUGUUCCUGGAGCCGAUGUUAGUGGUAUCAGACCAGUGACUAAGCGCCAGCCUCGGCAGUAUAUGAACCGCCGUGGAGGUUUCAAUCGCCCAUUGCCAGCCGAGCGCAACCGCUAGACUAGAAUGUUUCUUUCCUUUACAGAUGGAAUGUAGGCAUGUUUCGAAUAUCAACCCGAAGCUUGGAAGUCAACAAUUAGAGGCAGCCAUGUAAGACUGAGUGUUUUUCUUGUAUUUUAUUAAAAAUACAAUGCACUUUAUAUAAAUAGUUGCUGCAGUGUUGAACACUGAACUUGAUUCAUUUGAGUAGUAUUUAUAGUAAAAUAGAAGUAGCAUCUAUCUAGUUGAAA